CACGGCACGCUGAGAGACAAACAGAGCAGCUAUUGUUAGCCGAGGAGCAGCCAGCAGGUUGUGUCAGAGUUUAUCCCGUACUCACCACCUACCUGCUGAAUAUUCACACCACUAACCCAGAGGCGAGGGCCGACUCGCUGUCGAAGAACAAAGUCAUAUCUGAGUUGUGAACAGGUGAGGAAAGGAAAAAAGUGCUCGCGGAAGGAAGAGAGAAACUGAGGAAAGAGGGAAGUAAAUAAGGACGACUGUUGGGCUCGGAACUCAACAGGUUGGCUACUUCAAUGUUAUAGCAGCGGCUCGGACUUUCUAUAUUUCACGUCGAAAAACAAACGAAGACAGCAACAACAACAGAAAAUGCCAUUGGGACCAUGGAGGAAGAAAAACAAAUCGACCAAGGAGCAUUUAGUGGACAACGAGGAGGUCAGCGGCGGACACGCAGGUGCCGCGAGCUUGAGUAAAUCCGCCGUGAACGGAGCGGGGCUACCGCCUCCACCUGCCAACCAGCGGCCCAAACUGGUCUUCCACACGCAGCUGGCGCACGGAAGCCCCACCGGCAGGAUCGAGGGAUUUACCAACGUCAAGGAGUUGUACGCGAAAAUAGCGGAGGCGUUCAAUAUAAGCCCACCUGAGAUCUUGUUCUGCACCCUCAACACCCACAAGAUUGACAUGGACAAGCUGCUGGGGGGCCAGAUCGGCCUGGAGGAUUUUAUCUUCGCCCACAUUAAAGGGAUCAAGAAGGAGGUGGAGGUUUUCAAAUCUGAAGACGCUCUGGGCCUCACUAUAACUGACAACGGAGCAGGAUACGCUUUUAUAAAGCGGAUCAAAGAGGGCAGCGUCGUGGACAAGGUGAAGGUGAUCUGUGUGGGCGACCACGUGGAGUGCAUCAACGGACGUAACAUCGUCGGGACGCGGCAUUACGAGGUCGCCCGCAUGCUCAAAGAGCUGCCCAAAGACAAGUCCUUCACCCUCAAACUGGUCGAGCCGAUGAAGGCCUUCGAAAUGCUUGAGCCCAGGUCAAAAGGUGCCAAACCUGCCAGUGACAACAGGAUGGGCACAGGAAGGGGGACUCUGAGACUUCGCUCCAAGGGCCCGGCUACCGUAGAGGAGGAGCCGACAGAAUAUGAGGAGAAGGCGGUAAAGAAAGUGGACGACCUCCUGGAGAGCUACAUGGGCAUCAGAGACACUGAACUUGCUGCUACGAUGGUUGAGGUCGGCCGCGACAAGAAGAACCCGGACGAGUUCGCCAUGGCGCUGGACGAGACCCUCGGAGACUUCGCCUUUCCCGACGAGUUUGUCUUUGACGUCUGGGGGGCCAUUGGAGACGCCAAGCAGGGAAGAUUUUAAAUCUCCUGCCUCAACCCAACACACACACACACACACACACACACACACACACACACACACACACACACACUUCCUCCUUCCCCCGCAGAUCAGCUCUUAAUAUCCUCAGAAACAAACUGGACAAACUUCCAUCCUGCACAGACAGGCAGGUGGGGAGGCGGGUGGAUGAAGUGUUCUUAGGUGUAGCUUUGCACUCGGACAGGAGUGUCUGAAAGUGUCGACUUCAGUCAGUUUACGGAUGGAAUUCAACAUGUCAGCGUUUCGGCGUAAUCUUGUAAAGAUAUCCAUGAGAUGUGGAGUGCAGUUUCCCACACUGGACCCGCCUCCUGCACGCCGAAGAGUUGGUGAUUCAUUCCAGAUGUUGUAUAAAGCUUCCGUACGCCCACUUUGAGACACGAUCGCGCCAUGAGGCUGCUCGUCUGUCAGAGCAGCAAACCCGGUCGACAGCGGCCCGCCACACCAGUUCUGAGACGCUGUGUGCACACCUUACAUUUUAAAACAAUCCCUGAGUUUUAAUCACGCUACUUAGCUGUGUCAUUUUGAACACGCAGAUGCAGCACAGAUUUUUAUAGCCCUUUUUGUUUUAUAUAGAAGUUUGUGAAGGUGUUGCUGAUUUUACAGCAGCAGCAGGAGCAGCAUUGUGUAAUUAAAGUGAUUGUAGAAAUAUUUCUCUCUCAAGCUACCUUUUUAAUCUCCCGUCUUUUAAGAGCUUUUAAAUGACCUCACAGCGGGGAGGCGCUGGAGCUUUUCGGCCACGUUCACGUCACUAAUGUUCCUUUACUUUGUGAUUUUCUCGCAGCUUUUCUUCGUCCCAGCUCGGGCCUUUCAUCCAUCCGUGAGAGACGGAGCGUCACAGAGGGUUUUGUCUUUAAAUGCAAAGUUGGGCACACAUUCCUUAUGUUCCUCACGUUGUUUUAGUCUCUGCACUGUAAACGUGUCAUGAAUGCUUAUUUAGAAACGCAUGCCUUCUUUUUUUUUUUUUUCUCAUCCUGUAAUUUAUUUUUUAUCAUGAAAAAUCAUAUGCUGUAUGACAUUUUUACUCUGAGACUCAGUAUGAAAGACAGCUCUCUCCUAAAUGAGCCAUUUUGUAGGCUGCGUCUGGAAUGGGAUCAAUUGCAAUUCAAUGUCUUAAGUAAAUGUACUCGCGUUAGUGUAACUGCACUAUUUAAAUCACUGUCAAACUGAAUUUAAAUAGUGAUUAGUGUCAUCUACUGAUGUUGACUGUUGGCAGCAGUUGCAUGUUGUUUGGCAAACCAUAAGGGAUCACUGUCGUUGGAUAGACAAUAAAAGUUGAUGUACUGUU